AUGCACCGCCAUCAUCACCCUUCUCUUAUUCACAAAGAAUUCAAAGUUUUCUCCUUUUACUUGUUAGCACCCAAACGCCACCUUAAAAUCUCUUCUUGCAUCGAAUCCCAAACUUCAAAUCCGGCAAAUUCUCCUUCAAGUCCAUCAUCCUAUUCACCGAACCAACCCGACUUGAUUCCAAGAAAGCCCAAGUUCUUGAACAAAUUUAAGCGGAAUGAAACAUCUGAAUUUUCUUCGAUUGUUUCGUGUAACAAGAGAAUUUCCAGUUAUAUUCGAUCCAUGGAUUUGGAUUCCGCUCUUAGAGUCUUUGAGAGCAUGGCUGUUAGGACUACAGUCACAUGGAAUUCAAUUUUAGCCGGGUUCUCAAGAAAACCAGGGAAGUUUCAGGAGGCUUGUGAGAUGUUUGAUAAAAUUCCUGAACCGGAUGUUGUGUCGUAUAACAUAAUGUUAGUUUGUUAUUUGAACAAUGCUGGUAUUGGAGCGGCGAGAAGUUUCUUUGAAAAGAUGCCAGUAAAAGAUGUUGCUUCCUGGAAUACCAUGAUCUCAGGUUUUUCCCAGAAUGGGAUGAUGAAUGAAGCCAAUGAACUGUUUAUGACAAUGCCUGUUAGAAAUGAGGUGACUUGGAAUGCUAUGAUAUCAGGAUAUGUUGAGUCAGGCGAACUGGAACCGGCACUGGAAAUAUUUAACAAAACACCCGAAAAGGGUGUGAUUGCCAGGACUGCAAUCAUUACAGGGUAUAUGAGGUGUGGCAACAUUGAGUUAGCAGAGAAGAUGUUUCAAGAGAUGCCAGAGAAGAAUUUGGUUACUUGGAAUGCUGUUAUUGCUGGUUAUGUUGAGAAUGGUAGAGGGGAAGAUGGUCUGAAGUUGUUUAGGAAAAUGGUGGAGUUGGGGAUUAAGGCAAACCCAUCGACCUUGAGUAGUGUCUUAUUAGGUUGUAGUAACUUAUCUGCAUUUAGGUUUGGAAUGCAAGUUCAUCAGCGUGUCUGUAAGCUCCCAAUAUGUUUGGAUAUGACAGUAGGAACUUCGCUGAUUAGCAUGUACUGCAAGUGUGGAAUCUUGGAGGAUGCGCGGAAGUUGUUUCUUGAUAUGCCAAGAAAGGAUGUUGUGAGUUGGAAUGCAAUGGUUUCAGGGUAUGCUCAGCAUGGGAAGGGAGACAAGGCACUUCGUCUGUUCGAUGAGAUGAGACAUACUGGAACUCAACCAGACUGGAUAAGUUUUGUGGGAGUUUUAUCAGCAUGUAACCAUGCAGGAUUAGUCGACCUUGGGAUUCAUUAUUUUGAGAAAAUGCAAAACGAUUAUGGGAUCAAGCCAAAACCCAAUCAUAUUACUUGUAUGGUUGAUCUUCUUGCCAGAGCUGGCAGGCUAGAUGAAGCUGUUGAUUUGAUAUCAAAUACAGACUUCAAACCCCACCCGGCCUUUUUUGGAACCCUGUUAGGUGCUUGUAGGAUCCACAAAAAUGUAGAAGUGGCUGAGUUUGCUGCAAAGAAUUUGCAUGAUCUUGACCCUAGCAAUGCAGCAGGCUAUGUUCAACUAGCUAACGUUUACGCUGCAAAAAACAGAUGGGACAAUGUUUCCAGGGUCAGAAAACUGAUGAAGGAAAACCAAGUUGUCAAGACACCAGGGUAUAGUUGGAUGGAGGUUAAGGGUGUGGUCCAUGAGUUCAGGUCGGGAGACAGGCUUCAUCCAGAGCUAGAAGCCAUACACUCGAAGCUAAAGGAGCUUGAAAAGAAGAUGAAAUCUGCAGGAUAUGUGCCUGAUCUCGAGUCUUCUUUGCACGACGUGGGCGAGGAACAGAAGGAGCAGAUGCUUCUGUGGCAUAGUGAGAAGCUGGCUAUUGCCUUCGGUUUACUGAGAAUUCCCGUGGGGGUACCCAUCAGGAUAUUCAAGAAUCUUAGAGUUUGUGGGGAUUGCCACAAAGCCACAAAGUUCAUAUCAGCAAUUGAAGAUAGGGAGAUCGUUGUCAGGGAUACAACAAGGUUUCACCAUUUCAAGAAUGGAAGUUGUUCAUGCUGUGAUUACUGGUGAAACAUACAGGCUUUUGACUGAUCAUCUCCGAUUUGACCAAUGUUUAGGUUGUAAGCUGUUCCCCCAUUAGGCCAUUAAAGGGAAAAUGCUGACAGCUACACAAGUUAUAAAUUUUGUGGUAUUUUUGUCUAAAAUAUGUUUAUCCCUUAGUUUAUAGAUGAACUCAUAGGAGCAUUUGAUUCA